AACGAUGGGAGAUGUGAAACUUAUAUCGAGUCUCUGUAAAUCUUCCAUGACGAUGGACCAUCCUCACCCCAAAUCUUCACUGCCGUGCGCCGCGCCCGCUUUUUCCCUGCCGCCCAGGAACACCCGGGUCAAGGUGGGCGGCACGGCCAGGAUCGAUGGCAAGGUCAGGGGGAGCCCGGAUCCUCUGGUCACAUGGUACAGAAAUGGACAGCCAGUCCAAGAUAGUGGACGCUGCGUGGCGGAGCAGAGCGCCAGGGGAACCUUCUGCCUCACAAUAAAAGAGGUGAACGGGGAGGAUGGCGGAAAAUACACCUGCGAAGCGGCCAAUGAGGAGGGAGUGCGCCAAGUGACCAUCGAAGUCAUUGUGGAAGGUAGCGCGGUUCCAAAGUACGCUCUGCCGUCCAGCUCCCGGAGCCCCGGAAGUCCAUUUGGGGUCCCCCAGAUAGAAAACCGCCCCAGUAUUUGGGGUGAAAGCCCCCCGAAAUUUGUUACAAAGCCUAAUCGUAGUGUGGUGACGGCUGGUCAGACCGGACGGUUUUCUUUCAAGGUUACCGGACGCCCCCAGCCAUCUGUUACCUGGCACAAGGACGACGUUCAGCUGCUGAGCGGAGGAAGAUUUAAUAUGUGCGACAAGUCUGGAGUGCAUUACCUGGAGAUACAGGAUGUGUGCAAAGCAGAUGCUGGAAACUAUUGCUGCACGGUGGAGAACAGUUGUGGGCGGAGCUCUGUGUGCGCAGAGUUGGUUGUCCAAGGCUGUGAUAAGACCGACCGGAUCUCCUCUCCACUAGGGGGCUCUGUGACACCACCAGCCAAGCCUCAGCCUCCCGUCUCCUCCAAUGGUAUUCUUAAAAUGCACAGGGAGGCAGAAAACAGGAAAAGCGUGGAAAGUUCCUCCUGGAAGCACGAGCCCAAUGCAGAGCCUGUGAAAGUCAAGUCGAGUUUUGUCUCCCCGGUGUCCUCCACAACCCAGCGCUCCCGCCCAAGGUCCGGGUCCCCGAGCGCCUCCCUGAGAGCUGCGCCAUCUCCAAUCACUGACACUCAAACCGCUGCCUCCCGACCCAAACCAUCCGAAGAGCCGGCGCCGACCAGCUAUGCAAAGGCUCCGACCACCAGAACAGCCAGAGAGACGCCGUCCGUCGUCUCCCGUUAUACCUCAAUGCUGGAUCCAAAGGACAAAUCACGAGUCCGUUCUAGGGAGGCCGAGACCAAACCCUCCAGUGAAGCAAAUCCUCGAAGUUUAGACUUGAAGGCUAAACCUCCCGUUGAGAAAGAGGCAAAGUCCGGUCCUCCGAAGGCGGCCUCGUCUGCGGUAUCAAGCUGUUCAGGUAGCAUAGAGUCUAAGGUGAGGUCAUUCCAGAAGACACCAGAGGCCCAAAGUCCAUCCCCUAUGGAGACCGGCUCCUUGGCUUCCAGAAGUACAAGACACAACAUUGGGCGCCAUUGUACACCAAGCGCAACAACGAAAGUGACCGAUGUGUGGACGUCCGACUCGAGAAAAGAGAAUGUUUUGCCCAAUGGCAACCGGAAGCUGGGAUCGGUCAGGCCGGCCGAUAUUUCCGCAACAGAUGGCGUAACGUUGGCUGAUAAGUCUUCAAUGGAGGCCUCUGUAUCUCUCAGGGCGAAAGGAGAGACGACCUUCAUAUCCAUCCAUGACAAAACUAGAGACUCCGCUCCAGCUGAGCCUCCUCUGAAGACCUCACGUGUGGCCACCAAAGAGACGUCUUUGAAAAGUGCGCAAUACAUCGCCCCCAAACCGGACCAGACCAAAGGAGCCGCCAACACCUGCCAGUCAACCACCAACAUUUUACUUAAAAAAAGGUCUUCCCCAAACCCCAAACCAGAUGUGCCCAACAACAUCAUAUCUGGUGUCCACCAUGGAGGGCCAGCCGCUGAGGUCACCUCCUCCGGUGGCGUUGCCGAUGGGAAGUAUCAGCAGAAAUCGUCCAGCACCAUCACUCUGAAGUCUGUAAAAAUCCUUCCCACGCCUGAAACCGGCCGUAACGUCGCCGGACAGAAGGGUGACAACGUGGAGGGCUCCAAAAUCCGGAAGGUGUCUCUUGUGUCUGGGGAUGACCAGAAGGGGGCAGCAGAGACUGACGGUUCUGAUAGCGGGACCGCUCCAAAGUUUGAUCUCACGCCACCAAGUCAGGAGGCGCUGGAAGGCAGCAGUGUCACUUUCCGCUGCAAAGUGUCAGGAGAACCCAAGCCUCGCGUCGAGUGGUUUAAGGAGGGCUCCCGGGUGGAGGAGAAGGACGGAGUGGAGGUGCGGGAAGGGAGUCGGAUCCACUCCCUACAUCUGAUGAGCGCUCGGCCCCGGGACGGAGGGUCUUACAGCUGCGAGAUCACCAACCGCGGGGGCCAUCAGACGUGUAGCUGGACGCUGACGGUCAAACGGUCCCAGCAGGAGCCGUUUGGCCCCCGCUUUGAUCAGGUUUUGGAGGGCCGCACAGUGAUGGAGGGACAGGACUUCACCCUGAGCUGCACUGUGCGGGGAGAGCCGCGGCCUGACGUCACAUGGCUGCUGAACGAACGGCCAAUCCAGUACGCGCAUACCACCUACGAGGACGGGACGGCGCAGCUGACUGUACAAGACGCCCUGCCGGAGGAUGAGGGGAUGUACACCUGCCGGGCACAGAGCAGCGCCGGAUCAGCUUCCUGCAGCACCACGGUUACUACAGCUAAUCCGCCGGCCAAGGUGAUCUGGCUCCAUAAUGGGAAGGAGAUUCAGGAGACAGAAGACUUCCAUUUUGAGCAGAGCGGGAACACCUGCAGCCUAUACAUCCAGGAGGUGUUCCCGGAGGACACGGGGACCUACACCUGCCAAGCCUGGAAUCACCUGGGACAAGCCAACACGGAGUUUUCCUCUGUGAUCCUAGAACCUCAGGAGGGAACGCAGCCGUGGUUCAUCAGCAAACCAAAACCCUUGACCUUAUUUCCGGGUCAGAACGCCCUUAUUACCUGCGCCAUCGCCGGAGACCCCUUCCCCGAGGUGCAGUGGAUGAAGGACGGUCGGAUGCUGGUUGGCUGCGAUGUUCUGCAGAACGAAGACGUCUUCACGCUGAUACUGAAGAGCGUCACGGACGGGGACGCCGGGAUCUAUACGAUCAAUCUGAAGAACGCGGUGGGCGAAUGCGGCUGCCAGGUGCCUCUGAUGCUGCGGGAGAGCUCAGCGGGGUCGCAGUUUGGAGAGCACAGGGAGCAGCUGGGAUUUGCGGAGAGAGAUGGAGGUGUAGAUGUGCAUAGACUUGAAGGGGUCACCCAAAGAGAAGAUCAAGAGACCAUCCACGGCGUACUGAAAAGGAGAGUCGAGGUGAAGGAGCACAGCGAGGAAAGACUCCGACAGCAAGAGGCAGAGCAAGUGGACUUCCGCCGGGUUCUGGGAAGGAAAGUCAGCACCAAAAGCAUUUCAGAAGAGAACCUGAAGGAGGUGUCGGCUGAACAGAUGGACUUCAGAGCUAACCUUCAGCGGCAGGUCAAGCCUAAGGCCUCGGUGGAGGAUGACAAAAAGGGCAACAGCACCCAGCAGGUGGAUUUUCGCUCCGUCCUGGGGAAAAAGGGCUCGGUUCCUCCAAAGACCCCCGUAGCAGAAAAGGCGCCGGCCAAAGUAGCCACCCCCGACUUCAGGUCUGUUCUGGGCAGCAAAAAGAAAGGGCCCACUGAAAAUGGCAGCGCCAACAACGUGGAGCCUCAUGAAAAUGCUAAACCGUUUGGUGAUAGGCUAAAAUCAGUUGCCAAGGAUGAGAAGGCAAAACCUGCAGUCAAGGAGGAAAAUGCAAAACCAGCAGUCAACCAGGAAAAGGCAAAAACUUUGGACGAAAAGGCAAAACCGGCCGCAAAGGAAGAAAUUUCUAAGCCCGAAGUGAAAGAAGAGAGCGCAAAGCCACCUGUUGCAGAGCAGAACGCCAAACCCGCGGUGGAAAAUGCAGCGCCGCUGGCCAAGGAGGAGAAAGUGGAGCAGAACUGCGUGUCGGUGGUGGACGGAGAAGUGGAGAACAAGGCUGAAGAAAGCUCGGGGACUCCUCCGGUCUUCUCCGAAGUUUUGCAGGACUUAAAGUUGGUGGAUGGAGAGAAGCUGCUCCUACAGUGCCAGGUCACCUCAGAGCCACCACCCACCGCGACGUGGACUCUCGACGGCAAAGUCAUAAAGUCCUCCAAGUUCAUCGUUCUCGCUCAAGAAGGCCCCCUGUGCACUCUCACCAUUGAGAAGACGUUCCCGGAGGACGGCGGGCAGUAUAAGUGUGUAGCAGAGAACUCGGCGGGGAAGGCGGAGUGCUCCUGUAAUGUCUCUGUAGAAGAUACGUCUGGAAAAACGGAAAUAAAGAAAACCAAAAAACCUCGAAGUAAUGCAGUCCCUGCCGGCACAGCGGAGAUGACGUUCUGCUCCUCCUUUGCGUUAUCUGUAUUUAUUUUCUUGUUCAUUAAAGUUCAAACAUCUCUUAUAAUGAAGAAUGUGAAUGUGAGGAGCGCUGCGCGCUGUGAAUGGGGCCGGCAGCUGGGUCAUGUCGUAGUGGAGGAAGCGCUCCGGAUAUUAUUAUUCUCUUAUGUGAAGUUCCACCAUCAGCUCCGCCGGGAGGAUGGAAACAGGAAGUUCAAUCAUCAUUACAUGUUCAAUGGAGACUCUUAA